AGAAAAAUAUUAAACAAAUAAUUAACCUAUCAAAGAAACUCAAAAAAAAAUAACAUAAAAAUUAAUGGCAGGUGCUGUUAGGAAGAUUAAGUUAGGCUCUCAAGGCUUAGAAGUUUCUGCUCAAGGUCUAGGAUGUAUGGGGAUGUCUGCUUUUUACGGGCCUCCGAAACCCGAUGAAGAAAUGAUUGAAGUUAUCCACCAUGCUAUCAACUCCGGCAUUACGUUCCUUGAUACAUCCGACGUGUAUGGACCACAUACUAAUGAGAUUCUCCUUGGCAAGGCAUUAAAAGGAGAAUGGAGAGAAAAAGUGGAAUUGGCUACGAAAUUUGGCCUUAACAACGUUGGUGAUCCAAUUCAUCCAAAGAUGGAAAUUCGAGGUGACCCUGCAUAUGUAAGGGCUGCCUGUGAAGCUAGCUUGAAGCGGCUUGGUGUUGAUUGUAUCGACCUCUAUUAUCAACAUCGUGUUGAUACCAAUGUUCCCAUUGAAAUCACGAUUGGAGCACUAAAAAAAUUAGUUGAAGAGGGUAAAAUUAAGUACAUUGGUUUGUCUGAGGUACCUGCAUCGACGAUCAGAAGAGCACACGCAGUCCACCCGAUAACAGCAGUUCAGCUAGAAUGGUCGUUGUGGACUAGAGAUGUGGAGGAAGAAAUUGUUCCAACUUGCAGGGAACUUGGGAUUGGAAUUGUAUGUUACAGUCCUCUAGGAUGUGGCUUUCUCUCUUCAGGGCCUAAGAUGGUUCAGAGCCUUUCAAAAGAGGACGCCCGAAUGCAGUUUUUACCAAGAUUCAAUCUAGAAAAUCUUGAGCACAACAAACACAUCUUUGAACGGGUUACUGAUAUGGCGGUGAAAAAAGGAUGUACCCCUGCACAACUAGCAUUGGCUUGGCUCCAUCACCAGGGAGAUGAUGUGUGUCCAAUCCCAGGAACUACUAAGAUUGAGAACCUCAAACAGAACAUUGGCGCGUUGUCUGUGGAUUUAAGCCCCGAGGAUAUGGCUGAGCUAGAACACCUUGUCUCUGAGGAUAGUGUUAAGGGUGAUCGAUAUGUGGCUGCAAUUGCUACUUGGAAGACCUAUGAUACUCCACCUUUGUCUUCAUGGAAAACUGAAACAUAAAAUUAAAGAUGGUACAUAUUGUGCUUGGAUUGAGACUUCAGAGUGUUGUGUUGAUUAAAUCCUUAUUUAUGUGUUGUGUGCCAGAUUUGUGUAAUGUUUAAAGUGAUAUAUAAGUGAGUUUAAAGAGAUGACUAAUAUGUUAGUCACCUGUUACUUAAUACGAUUAUUUAAUGGAAUUAUUUAUACUUUAGUUUUAAAAAUUGUCAAUAGGGUUCAUCAUUCCUAUAUUUAGUCCCUUUACUAUAGGGUUUUCUGUAAUUAUGUAGCAAAGUUACCGAAAAAAAAUUAUUUUUGUAACUUAAUAUAUGCCCAAGGAGGAUAUGAUUGAAGUUAUCCACCAUGUUAUCAA